GACAGGCUACACACUGUAUUAGUUAUGUGUUUAGUAUUCAAAUAACAUGUUACGCACAUAUCACACGUAACGUAAAUAUUAUAUACCGAGCGAAAUCCAUAACAGAUUUAAAACGAAAUUUUUCGGAACGUCUUAUGAGUUAUGUUUCAAAUUUUGAGUUUUUUACUCGUUCUGUCGGUAUCCAGUCAUGGUUUGCAGCAGAACAUUAACAGUGAAAAAUGUACAACCGUUCUUACGGUAGGCUACGGGUAUCAAAAUUGGUACGAGUACAACGACACUGAGAUUCCAACGGCAAAUUCUUCCGCUACAGGCACCGCGAUGCUUAAGUUUUACGUGCAAGGAGCAAGUGAUGCACACGUCAUGUUAGCCAGGGAACCAUCGUCAUUCGGAUAUGAAAUCGUUAUUGGAGGAGGAUCGAACACCUUUUGCGAUAUACGAAAAUUCAACGGCAAACUGACGUCGGUGGUCACAGUUGCCACGGGAAAAAUUCUUGAUAGAUACAAACCCGUCGGUUUUUGGGUACGCGUAACUAGACAGUCCGGACUAAUCGAAGUUGGCAGAUACGGUGAAAGUUUGCCGUUUAUUUUUUGGACAGACCCGGAGCCGAUACCGGUCAAGUAUUAUAGCUUCAGCUCUUGGGGCGUAGUAGUUUGCAAAUGGAUGUUUAAGUGUAAACCUGACCCGUUUGCAGUGAUAUCAAAAACAAUUAUGAAUAUGACAGAGAGGGUUGAUUAUACUAGAAAAUUCUUAACAUACACGGAACAACUCAAAAGAGAUGUACUGAAAAAACGUGGAUCAUUUGUAAGUGAUCCGACGACGAAUCCGCAGCAAGUCUUAAACGUAGCGAUAAUAAAUAACUUUAAGUUCAUACAUUUGGACGUCAUGACUUCGACGCUCACACUUCAAGGUAUCGCCACUUUUGAAUGGACGGACAACAGUAUCAAUUGGAACCCUCAAAAUUAUAAAAAUAUUUCCAGAUUGCAUUUAUCGAACUACGAAUUAUGGCAACCCGAACUCGUAUUACACAACGCCAUGGAUCCGGCUGCGAGUAUGUAUUCUGAAUCGAAAAUAUCUGUGGACAAUAAUGGCCUAGUCAUAUGGAGACCUAAAUUUGACAUAAAAACCAAAUGUGACAUUGAUUUGACAUUGUGGCCAUGGGAUAAACAUAAGUGUACUUUAUUGUUAAGCACAUGGUCGCAUAAAGUAUCUAAUGUCUUUUAUGAAAUUAAAGAUAAUCAAAAGUCUGAAUGUUCACAAGUAUCUCAUUCGGAUUGGAAACUUAAUAGGAUGACAAGCUCAUAUGUAGAAGACAAAACCCCAUGGGAUGAUAUUGUGGCAUCCAUGAACAGCAUCAGCAAUUCCGAAGAUGAUUCCACGCAAAACGCAUUGAAACUUGAGUUGGAAAUAUCGAGAAACACGAAGAUUCUCGAGAAAUUGUUUUAUGCUCCAUUAAUACUGAUCAGUUGUGUAUGGUUGUCAUCUUUCGGUGUAAUGCCGAAUUUCUCAUCGAAAAUUACAAUAAUUUGCAUUUCAAUAAUAUUUUCAACAUUGAUUACUGUAUAUAUGACGAAAUAUGUACCGGUUUUUGUUAAAUUUCCACCAGACUUGAUGCUUGGAUACUUGAAACUGAUUCUCCUGAUAUCUAUGGACGCAUUAAUAUCAUCGUUGCUCAUAACGGUGCACAAUCGUAAAUCGACCAGCGGUCAUCCUCCGUUUGCGUUAACUAGAUUCCUGACCACGCCUAUCGUGACGAAACUCUUGGUAUUACCAAAAUUGGAUUCCAUACGGAGCCUCGUUUAUAACCAGUUAGACCACAGACUCACCAAAGUACACGAAACAACGACCACGUUAUGGGAUAUCGUCAUAGUCGCUUUCGAGCGAAUCAUAUUCAUAAUGUUUUUAGCGACCACAAUGACCAUAUUGUUAUCCAUAAAAUUUUCCAUUUUUGCUUUAUUUUGAUUGACC